GUCACUCCUGUCGACCCUUAACCGAGGUUUUCACCUACAAACUGUACAAAAUAUCAUGUGCUUACUGAACCUCAAACUCACUUUAAAAUAUAUAUUGAGGUUAUGAACCGGUGUUGUUAAUUUUACCAAAGUAAGCAAGUAGUGACGUUAUUAAUCUGAGUAUUUCAUACUCCAGCUCAUCUCAGACCACUUCAGACUCAAUUUCACUUGUGUGUAAAUGAAAAGCAACUAUUAGCAAGCAACCGUCUCGCUGCGUCUCGCCACGGAGCCACACAGCCCGAUGCCGACAGCAGGAACUUAGUUCGAUAGACGGUUUGGUUCGCGAUGAACGCUGCGAUUAUUAAUGGGGAUCUUUUUAGAAACUUAGCAUUUCUAGAAAACCGAACGCCCGUCGAGACCAAGCAGCUACAGUUUUUCUCGAUUUACAAUGAGAACAAUGCUCUUCUCGGAGGCACUAAUAUGGUCGACCUUUACUGGAAUGGUUCUCUCUGGUACUAUAAGGAUAUCUCGGAUUUUUCUCGAGAGAAAGCCACCAUAAAGCAACGGAUAGACAGUGGCGUUUGCGAUGCCGUUUAUAUGAACGAGAACAUAUUUGUUAUUGUGGAGGAUAGCGGUGCUGUACGGGUUUAUCAGACAGUUGAAAUGGACGAGCAGUCUGAGUUACAUCUUCUCGGAUAUGUAUGUCAGCACGACAGCAGCAUUCUGUCGGUAUCUGCGUUUUUCAAUCAGAGAAACAUUGUCACAGGAGGAAUGGAUUGUUGCUUAAAAAUAUGGGAUAUAGAGGAUUUAAUUGCAACCUACUCGUAUAGCUUUGCGCAUCUAGACAUAAUUACUGGUACAGAUGUGAAGCCUAUGUGCUGUUCUGUAUUUGCAUCUGUCUCUUUAGAUUCCGAAUCAUUACUAUGGGAUAUUAGACGAGCUAAACCAGCGAGUUCUAUCUUCAAGAAAAAUAAUUGUCCCUUAUCAGCAGUAUCUUGGAAUACUACUUUGGAAAAUAUUGUAGCAAUAGGCACAGUUGAAGGCAGCAUUGCAAUAAUUGACAUUAGGCAAACAGAAGUUCCGUUAUGCGAGUCAGUCGAAUAUGAUAGGGGUAUACACAAGCUGCUAUUCAAUCCAACUCCAGAGAGGAAAGAACAGUUAGCAUGCUGUUUUGAUAACACAUCGGUUAAAGUAUUUGAUACCGAAAGAGAAUUGACACAGAUAUACGAAGAUAAUAGUCAUUACGAUUUUGUGCGAGGACUCGCAUGGUAUAAAGAUGAUUUAUACUCGUGUUCUUGGGACGCAAAUGUGCUCAAACAUAUAGUAAAUUAAAUAUAUAGCUUCCUAAGGAUGACAAUUUAAGUUAGACGAUACAGUAAUUAUGAUUUUGUACGACUUGUGUGAUACAAAGACAUUUAUACACAUAUUCUUGG